CGGCCCGGCCCGCCGAGCGGCAGCAUGCGGAGCGGCGAGGAGCUGGACGGCUUCGAGGGCGAGGCCUCGAGCACCUCCAUGAUCUCGGGCGCCAGCAGCCCCUACCAGCCCACCACCGAGCCGGUGAGCCAGCGCCGCGGGCUGGCCGGCCUGCGCUGCGACCCCGACUACCUGCGCGGCCCGCUCGGCUGCCUCAAGGUCGCCCAAGUGCUUUUGGCCCUGACCGCAUUCAUCUGCAUUGAGACCAUCCUGGAGUGCGCUCCCUGCGAAGGCCUCUACUUCUUUGAGUUUGUGAGCUGCAGUGCCUUUGUGGUGACGGGUGUCCUGCUCAUCCUGUUUAGUCUCAACCUGCACAUGAGGAUCCCCCAAAUCAACUGGAACCUAACAGAUUUGGUCAACACUGGACUGAGCACUUUCUUUUUCUUUAUCGCUUCAAUCGUCCUGGCUGCUUUAAAUCACAAUACCGGAGCAGAAAUUGCUGCUGUGAUUUUUGGCUUCUUGGCUACAGCAGUAUAUGCGGUGAACACCUUCCUGGCAGUGCAGAAGUGGAGAAUAAGCCUCCGGCAGCAAAGUGCCAAUGACUACAUUCGAGCUCGCACUGAGUCCCGGGACAUGGACGGCCGCCCUGAGAUCCAACGCCUGGAUACGUGAGGCACCACUGGGCUGCCUCCAUCUCUCACCCCGGCCCCUUCCUUGCACUCAUGUCUCCCCCUCCUUGUCCUGCCAGAAUUAUGUGUGAUUCAGUUGAAUUUUCUCCUCUGGGGUGCAGUUUAUUUGGGGAGUGGGUUUUCAGAGUGGCCCCAGGGCUGGGAAGGCCUAGAUGCUGCUGUCCAGACAGAAGUGAAGUGGGUGGGAGAGGUACCUGGUUCUCCAGUGCAUGAUGACCAUGAGGGGGUAGC